AUGAAGCUUUUCUAUGCAAAAAGCGAAAGUCGAAAGUUGAUAUCAGAGAAGAAGAACAGGAAGACCAAGAAGAAAGCUCCGGCACGUCUAGAUAUCUGCGCUGUGGGAGAUACCCAGAAUGAAGGGAGACAGAUUGGCCGAAAGGCACAGAUGUCAAAUAUCGCAGCUGCCAAAACCGUUGCUGAUAUUAUCCGAUCAUGUCUGGGUCCGAAAGCCAUGCUUAAGAUGCUUCUUGAUCCCAUGGGCGGAAUUGUUUUGACCAAUGAUGGCCAUGCAAUCCUUCGAGAGAUUGAAGUUGCUCACCCCGCCGCAAAAAGCAUGAUCGAGCUGAGCCGGACACAAGAUGAAGAAGUUGGCGAUGGAACUACGACUGUCAUUGUUCUCGGUGUGUCCUUUUUUAGUGUAUCUGUUAUGAUCUUUGGGACUGUACUAACUACUAUACUCUUUGUAGCCGGAGAAAUUCUGGCGCAUGCGCUUCCCCAGCUCGAACGCAACAUCCACCCUGUUCUCAUAAUCUCUGCCUUCAAGCGAGCCCUUUCCGACGCUCUUGCCAUAAUCGAGGAAAUAUCCCUCCCUGUCGAAGUGGACGAUGACAAGGCCAUGUACAGUCUGAUACAGUCAUCGAUCGGAACCAAAUUCGUCUCUCGCUGGUCAGAACUCAUGUGCGGCCUAGCUUUGAAGGCAGUGCGAACCGUAUCUCUUGAUAACGGCAGUGGUAGAAAGGAAGUUGAUAUUAAACGAUAUGCGCGUGUCGAGAAAAUCCCCGGCGGCCAGAUCGAAGACAGUGAGGUUAUAGAUGGUGUCAUUAUCAAUAAGGAUAUAACCCAUCCCAAGAUGCGAAGAAGGAUAGAAAACCCAAGAAUCAUCCUUCUUGACUGUCCUUUGGAGUAUAAGAAGGGAGAAUCCCAGACCAACAUUGAAGUCAGCAAAGAGGACGAUUGGAAUAAGAUUCUACAGAUCGAAGAAGAGCAGGUCAAGCGCAUGUGUGAUGCCAUCAUUGCUCUUAAGCCUGACUUGGUCAUCACUGAGAAGGGUGUCUCCGUUAAGCAGAAUAUCACUGCCCUUCGACGUGUGCGAAAGAUGGACAACAAUCGAAUUGCCCGUGCUACUGGAGCUACCAUCGUCAACCGUGUGGAUGACCUACAGGAAUCCGAUGUUGGAACCCAGUGCGGUCUCUUCGAAAUUGAAAAGAUCGGCGAUGAAUACUUCUCGUUCCUCAGAAAGUGCAAGAACCCGAAAGCCUGCAGCAUCAUCCUCAGAGGUCCAUCCAAGGAUAUCCUUAACGAGGUUGAGCGAAACCUUCAAGAUGCCAUGUCCGUGGCCAGAAACGUUAUUUACCAUCCUCGCCUAUCCCCUGGUGGAGGUGCCACUGAGAUGGCCGUCUCCGUCAAGCUUGCUAACCUAGCCAAGUCGGUCGAAGGUGUCCAGCAAUGGCCGUACAAGGCCGUCGCCGAUGCAAUGGAAGUCAUACCGCGAACUCUAGUCCAGAACUCCGGUGCCAACCCAAUCCAGGUCCUCACUGCUUUGAGAGCCAAGCAUGUCGAAGGCCGCAGCACUUGGGGUAUCGACGGUGAUACCGGAAAGCUUGUUGACAUGAAGGAGUAUGGCGUAUGGGAGCCCGAAGCCGUCAAACUGCAGAGUGUCAAGACCGCUAUUGAGUCUGCAUGCCUGCUACUGCGUGUUGAUGAUAUCUGCAGCGCUAAAUCCCUAAACCAAGCUGCCAACAUGGGAGGCGGUGAAGAAUAA